GUCUCCUGGACACGGGCUGCGUCCCCCCCGGCAGCCGCGUGGCUGCAGGUCACCAUGGAGCCGAGUGACCUCCGCCAGCGGCUGGAACGGGCCGGGCAGGCGCACGUCCUGCAGUUCUGGGACGAGCUGACGCCGGGGCAGCGGGAGGAGCUGCGGACCGAGCUGCAGGCCCUGGACCUGGACGAGCUCGGCGGCUUCUUCCGCAAGGCCAUGGCCGGCUUUCAGCAGUCUUGCGGCCAGGAGAAGGUAGACACGCGGAUGGAGCCGGUGCCCCGCGAGGUACUGGGCAGCGCCACCAGGGACCAGGACCAGCUGCAGGCCUGGGAGGAUGAAGGGCUCCUGCAGAUCGCGCAGAGCAGAGUGGCCGCUCUCCUCCUCGCGGGCGGGCAGGGCACGCGGCUCGGCGUGGUGUACCCCAAGGGCAUGUACGACGUGGGCCUGCUGUCCCGGAAGAGCCUCUUCCAGAUCCAGGCCGAGCGCAUCCUGAGGCUGCAGCAGCUGGCGGAACAGCGCCAUGGCAGCCCGUGCACCAUCCCCUGGUACGUCAUGACCAGCGGCCGGACGGUGGAGGACACGCGGGCCUUCUUCGGCAAGCAUCGGUUCUUCGGGCUGCGGGCCGAGGACGUGGUGUUCUUCCAGCAGGGCAUGCUGCCCGCGCUGACCUUCGACGGGAAGGUCAUCCUGGAGGACAAGGGCCGACUGGCCAUGGCUCCGGACGGGAACGGCGGCCUGUACCGGGCGCUGGCCGCGCACGGCAUCGUGGAGGACAUGGGGCGCAGGGGCAUCUCGGCCGUCCACGUGUACUGCGUGGACAACAUCCUGGUGAAGGUGGCCGACCCCCGCUUCAUCGGCUUCUGCAUGCAGAAAGGGGCCGACUGCGGCGCCAAGGUGGUGGAGAAGACGAACCCCACCGAGCCGGUGGGCGUGGUGUGCCGCGUGGACGGCGUCUACCAGGUGGUGGAGUACAGUGAGAUCUCCCUGGCCACGGCCCAGCGGCGCAGCCCCGACGGGCGGCUGCUCUUCAGCGCCGGCAACAUCGCCAACCACUUCUUCUCCCUGCCCUUCCUCAGGGACGUGGUCAGCGUGUUCGAGCCCCGGCUGCGGCACCACGUGGCCCAGAAGAAGAUCCCGUUCGUGGACGCCCGGGGGCGGCUGGUCCAGCCCGACAAGCCCAACGGGAUCAAGAUGGAGAAGUUCGUCUUCGACAUCUUCCAGUUUGCCAAGAACUUCGUGGUGUUUGAGGUGCUGCGGGAGGAUGAGUUCUCGCCGCUCAAGAACGCCGACAGCCAGGACGGCAAGGACAACCCCACGACGGCCCGGCGCGCCCUCCUGUCCCUGCACCACCGCUGGGUGCUCAACGCCGGCGGCCACUUCAUCGACGAGAACGGCUCGCGGCUGCCCGCCAUCCCCCGCCGUGCCCACCCCGGGAAGCCAGAGGCCAGGCCGGCCGGCGUCCACCACAACCUCAAGGACGCGGGUGACGCCCCCAUCCUGUGCGAGGUGUCGCCCCUGGUCUCCUACGCCGGGGAGGGCCUGGAAGGUCACGUGGCCGGCCGGGAGUUCCACGCCCCGCUAGUCAUCGACGAGAACGGGGUCCACGAGCUGGUGAGGAACGGCCUCUGAGGGCCACCGAGGCCACGGGAGAGUCCGGCCAGCUGCGGGCGGU